AUGCUUCUGGAGCGUUACAACAACAAACGCUUGCUGGUGAGCAAGUUAGUAAAUGAGCUAACUACUACACCUGGAAGCACAUCAAUGGACAAUGUUAAAAAGCUGCAUGACACAACACAAGAAUGUCUAUUAGCAUUGCAAAAUUUGCAGAUAGACACAUCAACAUGGGAGCCACUUCUGCUCCCCAUUCUACUAAAGAAACUGGAUCAACCGACUCGUUUGCGGUACGAACAAUCAUUAUCAAAGCCACGGGAGGUACAAACACUCAAGGAAUUACUGCAAUUUGUGGAGAAACACUUUCAAUCCAUGGAAGCGAUGGGUGCCAAAGACAAAUCUACAAGCUCAACUGCAAAGGUGUGCACUUCAGUCUCCAAAGGUCAUAGAAAUGACACUUGCAGCAUGUGCAAAAAAGGAAAACAUCCAUUAUUUUCUUGCAAGGAAUUUUUACAACAGUCUCCAUCGGCACGCUUUCAGUUCAUACAAGGGCAGAAAUAUUGCCACAAUUGCCUAAAACCGGGACAUGGUUCUAAAAAUUGUCUAUUAAGAAACUGUCUGAAAUGCAACAAAAAACACAACAGGCUGUUACAUUUCGAGGAUUCAAAAAGGGAUGUGAGCAAAGACAUUACAUCAGUAGCCACUCCAACACAAGACAACGGAUCGCAAAGUACUACACCAUCCAGGACCAAAUCAACGCCAUCAAAAGACGAAGCAGCGUCACUUACCACCGCAGAGCACACAAAGUCAAACACAUAUGUACUACUCAGCACUGCCAUGGUGAAUGUUAGAGGAAUCGGAACAGAAGUGCAGUGUCGGGCAACUCUCGAUUCAGGCUCACAAGUUAAUUUUGUGACUGAACGAUUGGUUAAACGUCUUGGCAUCUCAACUAUACCAGCAUCAAUAUCCAUUAGUGGCAUUGGGUCGAGGAGCACUAAGAUACAGCAUCGAGUCAAUGUGGCGCUACAGUUUCGGAUCAACAACUUUACAACGCGGCUAGAGGCAGCGGUAUUGCCUCAGAUUAUAUCCCCGCAGCCUUCGCAAGAAAUCAAGAUCGACGAAUGGCAAAUACCUGAGAACAUCAUGUUAGCCGAUCCAUCAUUCAAUCAUCCUGACAAAAUUGAUAUAUUGCUGGGGGCGGAGUUCUACAACCAACUGAUGGCAGCAGGGCAAACCAAACUGUCUGAUGACCUACCCAUUCUGCAAAGUACAGUGCUGGGAUGGAUCAUCGCGGGAAAAGUUAGUGGCAACUACAUCUCAAAUGAAAUAUGUGGAAUCUGUACCAACGAUCACAUCAACUUAGAUGCAGCCAUUGCUCGAUUAUGGGAACCUGAGGAUGUUGCAACUGUAAGAAAACAACAUUCCGCAGCAGAAAAACAGUGCGAAGCUCAUUUCGCACAACAUACACUCAUCAAUGAAAAUGGGAGAUUCAUGGUAAGGCUACCAUUUCAUGAAAAUCCGGAGGCCUUAGGGGAAUCCUAUGGGAUGGCGUAUAAUCGAUUCCUGGCCUUAGAACGUCGACUGGCAAAAUCGCUCCAGACAAAGAAUCAAUAUGUACAAUUUAUGGAGGAAUAUGGGAUCUUGGGGCACAUGACGCAAGUGGAUAUUGAUUCCAUCAGUAAACCUAGGAAUCCUCUUGGUGCUCAGUUUCUACAGGACAAGUUUUAUGUAGAUGACGGAAUUGGUGGGUCAGACAGCUUAACCACGACGAUGGAAAUCCAACAGCAACUGAUACACAUCUUAAAACAACGUGGUCUUAACCUAAGAAAAUGGUGCGCCAAUCACUCACAAUUGCUGCAAAAUGUUGGCAUGGAGGAACAAGAAGUUGACAUAGACUUUGACAAUGACAUCAAUCAAACUAUAAAAACGUUGGGGUUAAUAUGGAUGCCUAAGAUGGAUCGAUUCUGCGUAAAGGUAUGCCUAGGAAGCUGCAGUCUUGCAACUAAACGCUCAGUAAGCGCCGAUCUUGCAAGGCUCUUCGAUCCGUUGGAGAUACUAGCACCAAUUGUAGUCAUGGCAAAACUAUUUAUUCAAGGUCUCUGGCAACGGAAACUGACAUGGAAUGAAGCAUUACCAGCCGAUAUGAAUGAGAGAUUGCCUUGA